AUGUACGCUGAAGGCAAUACAACUGAAUUACUUCAAGAACAUACAGAAAUAGCAGGUACAGAACUUACAGAAGUAGGUACAGAGCCUGAUAGAAAUCGAUGGAUCCCGUUGUUACUCCUGGUUUUCGUGAUCAUUAUGAUUGCGAUCAAUGGUAUCUGCCUGGCCGCCUUUGCCGUCGAGAAACAGCUGCGUGGCUACAACAACUACUUCAUCAUAAACCUUACGAUUUCGGACUUUAUCUUCGGGAUUUUUCUCGUCAUUACAUGCUUACACAUGUACCUUGGGCGUCUUCCCUUUCCCUUUCCGGUUAGGUGCAAGGUGUUCUACGGUGUAAGCAACAGCAUCCAAUUCGUAUCUAACCUGAUCAUCGUCACCAUCUGCGUUGACAGACACCGGGCAACCUAUAAUCCCAUCGGACAUUUCACAAGACGAAGAAAGCGAACGGCGCUCUACACCAACAUCUGCGUGUGGAUCGUUUCUUUUGUUUUCUGGUUUUCAUACUCGACGGUUCCUGACUAUAUUCUGCAGUUUCGGCUUAGUUCAGAGUGUCUUCACUGGUAUUCUGUGUUCCCAAUCGCCCAAUUGUCGGCCGUACUGAUCCGCUUCAUCAUCCCUUUCACCAUAACGUUGAUUCUCUACAUACGGAUCUUCAAAAAGAUUCGAGGGAUCGCCGGUGGAAGGCACAUCGACAAGGAGUUUACCGAAGAUACCACAGUGUCAGAUCAUAGCCUACCGGAAGGUGAUGUCAAGGAAAAUAAACAGCGCCCCCAAGUAAAGACCAUAUCUGGAGUUCAGAAAGCCGCAAAUCGUGAGUCGGCCUCAGAGGUUCGAAGCGCCACCAAGACCCUACUCUUCAUCGUCAUGGCCUUCUUCAUCACGUGGUUCCCAAUGUCUCUUAUGUCGAUUGUCAUCGCUAUCGAUCCAACGCUCGGCUAUCCGCGGAUACCCCUCUGGGCUUAUUGGAUACCUAUUUGGAUCGUUUACGUGAACGGUCUACUCAAUCCAAUCUGUUACGUCAUCUCCCAACCGCUCUUUAGGAAAACCGUAUUUGGUUUGCUCUGCCGCCCUAUCCGGUAUUGUCGUUGCUAG